AUGUGUGCAGCCGUUGCUCCUCUUCUCAUCACCACCCUCUCAGCAGAAGCAAUCAGGGUCAUUCUUGCUAAGCAUGGACCAGAUAUCGCACAAUGGGCGCUCAGUAUGUAUGUUCAAUGGCAAUCAGGAAGCGCAGCGACACAACAGAGGCACACGAUGGAGGAGAUUCAACGUUUCACAGCAAAUUUGCCCAAUCUCAUCGAACGAAAAGAGAUCCGCGUCGUCCCUGGCGCUUUCAACUCGACCCCGAACUUUAUAAAUUACUUUCAAGUUGCAGCAUUGGGUGCGAUACCUCUUUCGAUACUGGAAGUAGGUCAAGCCAUUCGACGAGUUGGCGCAAGUCUCGAGUCCAUAAGAUCGGAACUCGCCAUUGCGAAUGUUUCCAACGUUCAGGGAUGGGGUGAAGGUGGCUUUGGCAGCUACAUUCAUCGUUUCGUUCAGAAUGAAAUGUUGGCCUUUGAUGACAGUGGUGUUGAUCAAGAUGAGAAGCAUCACUACUUCUAUGUUUGGCAUCCCGAUAACGACUGGCAUACUGCGUUUGAAGAAAGGCAGGCCGAGCAGCCUCUCGGGCCUAGUUUUGGUGGAUAUCACUACGAUCUCCCAACUCUUUGUUUACGCAUGAGAGCCGACAGAGAAGUUAUGAAUCGAACGACCGAGUAUGGACGUACCGCUGUGUUCCAUCUUGUCAUACCAGCCUACCAGCCACUUGUGGUAGACACCAAGUUCAGGUUUGCCAAAGAACUGUUCCCAUUGAUCAUUACCGGAGCUCGACAUCGAGGAACGGAUCUGGUUUGGCUUGCACUUUGUCAAGACGCGGAGCCUGAGAUGCCAGAACUCCAGUUUGUGAGCAUCUUGCCUGAUGCAAUGGGAACGGGAGAUCUCUUCAUGAUGGGUCACAUGAGUGGUUGGGCUGGUCUCGUCGUAUGUGGCGCUGCCGCGAUUGUAUUUCCUCCUUGCGCGCCCGCUGCAGCAAUUGUUGCGGAUUGCGUUGCAGGCCCUUCUCUGUUGGCAACAUUUGCGGCAGUCGUCGCUUCGGGAGUUUACGAAGGUGUCACCAGACCAGAAGUACAGGUUCUAGGAGAUGGCGUUUUCUUCGACGAUUUGGUUUACUUGGAUGAUUGCAAAGAAUGUAAGAUAUGA